AUGCCCUCUAUUACACAGAUUUCCAUCCAAACAGAUAGUGUAAUACUUUCGCAUUGUGAAAUUAAUGUGGAGGACUUGGCAAGCGACUACACAGAAACAGACGAUGAUGGGUCUAGAGCAUCUGAAAGUGGCUCAGAUAAUGAGCAAGAGUUAUAA